AUGCCGGCGGGGAUGAAACCGCUGGAGAAGUUCUUGAAGAAGCAGACCACGGCGCUGACCCGGGCCGGGGGCUUCGUCGGCGGGGUGGCGGACAAGGCCAGCGGGGGGACCGGGGCGUCCCGUCGGAGGGCCAGCCUGUCCCGGGUUGUGCCCUUCUUCAGGGAGACGUCACCGGAGAGCGGCCAGGCUCGGGAGGUGUUCAGCCCCGACAGUGAGGACCCCCCUUCCUGGCCCUCAGCUACCGGGACUGGUCUGGUCACGGUGCCCAGCAGCGCUAACGGCUCCGGCUCCGGCUCCGGUUCCGGUUCUGGAGGAGGGGACAUUCGCAGUCCGUCUCUGUCCAGUGACGAGCAGAGCUCUGAGGCCAGCCUGAUCACAGAGACCAGCAGCAGCGGGGGAGGAGGAGGGGGGACGACGCCUCUUCAUCCCGACACACCAGACAACCUGACCCUCACCUUGCUGGACAGCGUGGCGGGAAAACGCUACGGACACUGCACAGAAACCCUGCUGGACGACUUCAUGUUGACACAUCCCAUCUUCCUGACGGCCGACAGGUUCCAGCAAGUUCUGCUGCAGCAGGGAGGCAAGGGGGGGGAGGCGCAUGGUGAGAGGAGAGAGAGGGGAGGAAGAGGAGGAGGGAGGGAAGGAGGGACGGAGGGAGAAACAGAGGGAGGGUUGGACGGAGCAGAGAGGAAGCAGGCGGUGCUGAACGUGGCGUUCAGGUACCUGGACACCUACAGAGAGCUGCUGCAGGAGGAGGGAGAACGCAGCAACAGCUUCCCCAAGGAGCUGUACAUGUGUGCGGUUCAGGAGCUGAGUCGCUGUCCGGAGCUGGUGGAGGACGUCCUCAAACUGCAGAGAUGGACCGAGAUCUUACACUGCCCCUCUGAUGAGGAGAAGGAGAGCAGGAAGAAGCAGGUUCGUCCUCUGUUCAGACACUUCAGACGUAUCGACGCCUGUCUGCAGCCCAGAGAGGCCUUCAGGGGCUCAGACGAGAUCUUCUGCAGGGUCUACACUCCGGACCAUUCCUACGUCACCAUCAGGAGUCGCCUGUCCUGUCGGGUCGGAGAGAUUCUGGCUCUGGUCCGGGAGAAACUCCAGUACAGCGAGGACCAACCGGUUCAGCCAGGAAACCUCGUACUGGUGGCCGUCACAUCAGCCGGAGAGAAAGCAGUGUUUCGUCCCAGCGAUGAAGCCGUGUUCACCACACUGGGAGUCAACACCCACCUGUUCGCCUGUGAAGCCUCUGAACUGGACUCGCUGCUUCCUCUUCCUGAGGAGAUCCACUGGACACCAGGCGACAGCAAGCUCCACGACAUGUCGGCGGAGGAAGUGGCCAAUCAGCUGGUGGUGUUUGACUGGGAGCUCUUCAGCUGUGUCCACGAGGUGGAGUUCGUGUGUUACGUGUUCCACGGAGAGCAGUCGCGCUGGCGCCCCCUGAACCUGGAGCUGGUGCUGCAGCGCUGCAGCGAGGUGCAGCACUGGGUCGCCACUGAGAUCCUGCAGUGCCAGUCGCUGCCGAAGAGGGUCCAGCUGCUCCGCAAGUUCAUCAAGAUCGCAGCUCUCUGUAAGCAGCAGCAGGACCUGCUGUCGUUCCUCGCUGUGGUUCUGGGUCUGGACAACCCCGCUGUCAGCAGACUACGACUCACCUGGGAGGGACUCCCGGGGAAGUUCAGGAAGCAGUUUCAGCAGUUUGAGAGCAUCGCGGACCCCUCCCGGAACCAUAAGUCCUACAGAGACCUGAUCACUAACCUGAGACCUCCACUGAUCCCCUUCACACCGCUGCUGCUUAAAGAUCUGACCUUCCUUCACGAGAGCUGUAAGACGUUUCACGGCGAACUCGUCAACUUUGAGAAGAUGCAUAAAGUGGCAGAGAUGGUGAGGAUCAUCAGACGCUACAGGAGCAGUCAGCUAGCCAUGGAUACGGAGACAUCCCCCUCCCACCUGCAGACGAAGGCCUACGUCCGCCAGUUACAGGUGAUCGACAACCAGAACCUGCUGUUCGACAUGUCGUGCAAACUGGAGCCCAGAGACACAUAAAGAGAUGGACGGGGGGGAAAAGACAGAGACAGAAAGAGGCUGGGAUGAAGAGGAAGAGCAGGAGGAGGAAGAUGUGCAGAUGCUUUUCGUUAUGAAGUCUGUAAAGCAAAGAAGCAAAAAUGGCUAAAAGGAGGUUUCAGGUAGAAAGAGGGGGGUAAAAAUGC